CUAACGCGGGGAGAGAGCUCUGCUAACUGCUACUGCAGUUAGUGCAGGCAUUUGGCUGCAUGUACAGAAGUCAGCGCCCGGGCUCCUUUAAAAUGUGUUUGAUUUGGUUGUUUGUUUCAUGGUUGCAUUUGAAUUGAGAGAGAGGGGGGUCGGGAGAUUUAAGCAAGAAAACGAUUAUUUCCCUUCAGCCUGUCACCUUAGAGUGGGGUUUCUUUUGUUUUCUUCCUCUUAUCUUGAAAUUGCAAGAAAUCUCACCUCCAACGAGUUGAUUAAUGGAUACAGCAGGGGAAACUGCUUAGAGCGCUGCAGCAGAAAGAUAGGCAAGGGACGGGGAGCGCUGGGCUAGGAAGUUUGCAAAUUGCAAUCGGUGCGCUCCUGCACAGGUACUACAAGUGGAUAAACAAUGUGCAGUGCUCUGAGCCCAAAGGCACGAGGACCUGGCCUUUCUGAUAUGCAUCAAUACAGCCAGUGGCUGGCCAGCAGACAUGAGGCCAACUUAUUACCAAUGAAAGAGGAUCUAGCGCUGUGGCUCACAAACCUACUGGGUAGGGAGAUAACGGCAGAAACUUUUAUGGAGAAGUUGGAUAAUGGUGCCUUGCUGUGUCGACUAGCUGAGACCCUACAAGAGAAAUUUAAAGAAAACAGUUUUGAUGCAAACAAGCCUGGCAAAACCCUGCCAGUGCGGAAGAUUCCAUGCAAAGCCAAUGCUCCUUCAGGGUCUUUUUUUGCACGAGACAACACAGCAAAUUUCUUAUCCUGGUGCAGAGAUGUGGGGGUGGACGACACAUGCCUAUUUGAAUCAGAAGGCUUGGUACUCCACAAGCAGCCCAGAGAAGUGUGCCUUUGUUUGCUGGAACUUGGAAGGAUUGCAGCCAGGUUUGGUGUGGAACCUCCUGGGUUAAUAAAGCUGGAGAAAGAGAUUGAACAAGAGGAAAUACUUUCAGCCCCUCUUCCGUCUCCUUCACCCUCUCCAACAAAGUCUCCAGGGAAAAAGAGCACAGGAAAACUGUUGGAUGAUGCUGUCAAACACAUUUCUGAAGAUCCUCCUUGUAAAUGCCCCAAUAAAUUUUGUGUGGAGCGUCUUUCACAAGGACGGUACAGAGUUGGAGAGAAGAUCCUCUUUAUUAGGAUGCUGCACAACAAACAUGUGAUGGUUCGUGUAGGAGGAGGAUGGGAGACUUUUGCAGGGUACUUGCUGAAACAUGACCCAUGCCGAAUAAUGCAGAUCUCUCGGGUGGAUGGGAAAACCUCUCCAAUCCAGAGCAAGUCUCCGACCAUCAAGGACAUGAAUCCAGACAAUUACUUGGUUGUUUCUGCCCAUUACAAAACCAAGAAGGAGAUUAAGUGAAAUUAACUUCUCAUUUGACUGGGACUAUAUAUAUGUAGGUCCAAAUUAUCUUCUUGAGUGUAGUAAAUUUAGUUCAUGCUUUGAAAGGACUUCAGAAAAUUUAACAGACUGAAAAUGGCAACCUGCUUUGAAGAUCUUUGAACUGUAGAACUAUUUAUUUCUAGUACUGUACCUUUUAUAGCAAAUUAUCAUUGAUAGGUUAAUUACUACAAUCAGAUAAGAAAUAGACAUAUAUUUUUAGCCAAAUCAUUACUCUUAAAUAUGUGAAUGUAUACUUAGAAUGAUUUAAAGGAUGUGGUUCAUGUUAAAGGAAAAACUGCAGUACAAUAUAUUUGUAUGAAAAACCUGUGACAUUGAGUCCAUGACUGUUUUUAGGUUAGUUGGAAAAGAUAUAUGUAGGCUGAGUGUGCAGAGUGAUAAAAGCUAUUUGCUAACGCUUUCUGCCUACAAACUAAAAUUAAAAUGGACUAUUUUUUAUAGGUUACAAGAUUCCCUUAAGCAAUAAUU